CCUGGCCGACCGGCCAACGGCGACCCAGAUUGCGGAGUUCGUGAUAUUUCGAGGCUCUCGCCGCAUUGACUGUUUGCUGUCGACGAAAUCAGUUUCCGUUUGACUUGUGCCUAGUUCUUGUCAAUACCGCAAAGCUGGAGAUGUUUCAGCGCCUCAAGGGCGUCAUAGACAGCCAUAUUGCGGAAGAGCAAGCGCGACAACGUCAGGCUGCUAACAGCGCUCAAGCGGCGAGGACUCCGCCGAAACGGCGUCCACAAGCUCAGAAUGGAAGCCGCCAGAGGGCUGGCUCUAGGCUAAGAGAACAGCAGUCAGAUGCCUCGACCGACAGAGGCCCUGAUCCCUCCGAGUUCGAACCGGAAUUCGCGAUCGGAGACGAUGAAAGCGCGGUCCCAAGCAGGGCAGCCACUCCUAGGCCCGAAGGCACGGGGAAAGAGAAGGAACAAGUCAAGGAGAAAGACAUACCAGCCUCCGAAGAUGCAUUGGACACACAAAGUCUCGCGGAGUUCGCUGACAACAAAGUGUCAGAUGCCAAUGGCACUGCCACUACCUCCUUACGUCCUCAAGACCUCCCUACUGACGUCCGGGUGAAACUGCGCAGGCUGGAUCGGAUGGAAUCGAAGUAUACAGAACUAUUGAAAGCCUACAGAACGGCCCAUGCACGGAUACAAGCCGUCGAGUCCUUCGAAGCGUCACUGCGCGAGAACACCCCCUUGACGAGCAUCAACGACCCUGGCGCUUUAGUCGAGUAUUUGAAUCAAAUAAAUCUCAAGAGUGACAUGGUCGUCGAUGAGUUGAAACGAGUCACAUCUGACAGGGACGACUACAAGAAGAAGUUCCAGGCUGCGGAGGAAGAAACGGCCGGGCUGCGAGAGGAAAUUACAACCCUGAAGAGCAAGGUCGAGACUUUGUCUCAACAGAAGGCGUCUGAGCCCGAGAAGAACUUUUCGAUCGGUAGUCCGCACAUCACGACAGCUGCUGACAGCUCCUCCUUAAAGGAAGCCGCGGACUCGGAACAGACGGCCAAGUCUCCUACAAGCACCACUUCCCGAAUUGCGAGCUUCUCUUUAUUCUCUCCACGACACAAAGCAAUGUCUCCGCCCAAGGAAACAUCAGAGGAGUUCUUUUCAUUCGAAUCCGAACAGUCGAAGAUGGAGAUUGAGUUACAUGAGAGUCAAGCAGAGGUGGAAGACCUGAAAAAACAGCUCACUAGCCUACAAGGAGAUCUCAAGGUCGCUCGCGAGUCGACCGAAAGCAUGGUGGAGAGCCUAGAAACGGCGACUCGGGAGCUACACAAUCUUCGUGAGGCAAAGGACAAAUUUGAUGAGACUAAGAAUGAGCUGCAGAGCCGUAUCUCCGAGCUGGAGACCACUGCUGCCUCAAACACGACGCGGAGUGACGGGCUUCAGAAGGAGAUCGACGACCUGAAGGCGCAAAAGCUUGAGGCAGUCUCCCAAUCGCAAUCGCUAGAGAGCCAGAUCAGAGAGCUUGAGGCGACAAAUGCCAAACUUGAAGAACAAAUCGUCUGCAGAACUAAGGAUGCGGAGUUGCUCAAUGAAAAAUUAUCACAAAAAGACUCUAUUGUGAAGGAUCUUGAAGAUACUCUGGCCAUGUACAAAUCUGCGGAGAGGCAAGAAGCAGCAAAGAGCCAAGAUGAGAAAUCGAGCGAAAAGAAGCUUGCGACGAUGCAAGGUAUCAUGGGUACUCUGCGAAGUCAACUGGACAAAGCUGAGACAACGGUUGCUGAGUUGAAAGCCGAGAUCGAAGCUACAAGAGAGGAGUAUCUGCACCGACCCUCCACCAAAAUUUUCGGUUUCCUCGAUGACGGGAACAAAGCCAAGCUUGACACCUUACAGACGCGCGACGAUGUUGUGCAGUACCUGUCUGAAAACUUCGGCUUGCAAAGGGCCUCCUCAAACAAGGCCGUUGCAGAGACAGCGACGGCUUCUCCAGCACCGUCGGAAGCAGGCACAGGCGCGUCCAAGAAGAAGAACAAGAAAAAGAAGAAGGGCAAAGGCCAGCCGCAGGCCAGUACAGAUGAUGCAGCAGAAACUGUGACCCCAGUUAAGGUGUCUGAAAACUUGGCUGAAGUGGAUGAUGUCGAGGCUGGCGUAAAUGACAAACAUUCUGGAGCCGAUGUUUCCAAGCUGGAACAAGAUAUCUCGGAGCUCAAGGCAGAAGUAGCAUCCAAGGAAGAUGCCAUUCAGAGGCUUUCCAAACAAUUGAAGGACCAGGAAGAGCUACAAGAAGAGAUUGAGACAUUGCGAGACGACCUCCUACAUCAAGGUGAAGAACACGUCGAGGCUCGUGAUGCAUUGAAGGAUGCCCAGACACAGAAGAAUAAUCUUCAAGAUGCUGUGGACAAACUUGAAAAGGAGUUACUGGAAGCUCGAGCAGCCGUCGCAGGUGGCGCUGACCGGGAGAAGGCACACAUGGAAAUACUUCAGCAAUACGACGAUCUCAAACUUCGAUGUUCCAACCUGGAGAACGAUCUUUCUGCCUCUGAGCAACUCGCCGCCGGCCGAUUCAAGGACAUCACUGAUCUCAAGGAGCUGCUCGCUAAAUCGCAACCUGAGCUGAGAAAUCUCCGCAACGAGGUCGCAGAACUCAAAACUGCAAAGGAAGACCUCAGGAACAAGACUGGCGAGUUUAACAGGCUCGAAGCCCGACACGAAGACAUCAAAGCCGAGCUCAAGGGACUUAGCAAGCGACUGGGCGACAAAGACAAUGAGAUCAAAGAACUACAACAGAAGAUUGAGCAAGAGAUUAGUGCAAGAACCAGGAUAGAAAAGGAUCUUGACAGAGCGCAGUCUGAUCUCCAAACGGCGGAAAGCCGACAUGAAAAGGCUACCGCCCAGUCAGACCAACUCACCAAAGACCUUCACAAAGCAAAAGAAGAAUCGACGACACUCAGAGCGAAAUUGUCCGACCUUGAGGAGCAAGUAUCGCUCCAGGCUCGUCAAAUUUCCGAAUUGAAAGACGAAAUUUCCCUUAAAACAGCCCUCCACAGCUCGUCACAAGCCCUCGUCCAGUCUCUCCGUGACCAGACUCAUGAACUCAAUAUGCAAGCCCGCGAAGCCACAACACGCGCCGAGAGCCUGGAAGAGGAGCUCAACGAAACACAGAGAAUGCUCUCAGAACGUACGCGCGAGGGGCAAACCAUGCGCAUGCUGCUGGAUCAAUCCUCGGCGGGCACGGAAUCCCGGAUCCGAGAGAUGAAGGAACGCAUGGACGCGGCCAUUGAGGAGAGAGAUAGGGUGGAAGAUGAGGCGAGUGUCAAUCAGCGACGCAUGAUGCGCGAGGUCGAAGAGGCGAGGAGUAAAGCCCGCGACGCACAACGAUCACUCAAAGUCUUGGAAGAUGAAAAGGAAGAGCUAGAGACCAGGCUGAAAGAGUGGAAGAGGAGGAGAGCAGAGCUGGAGCAAAGUGCAACAAGGGCGGCAAGCGAGGUCGAAGAGGUGAAAGCCGCCAUGACAUCGUUGAGGGAGGCAUUGGACGACAGCGAACGGCAGGUGAGGGAACUUGAUGCGCAGAAGGCCGAAUUGCGGAGGAUAGGUGACGAAGCCAAAGAGAGGGUCGAGAAACUGACAAAAGCGAACAAGAAUCUGACGGAGGAAUUGAAGGCGGCUCAAACCAAUUCAAGGAUACCGGGCAGACCUAACCUGGGUCGAGUAGAUUCAAAUGCGCCGAGUUCUAGGACGUCUAUCGAUUCCACCAAUGCGAGGUCUCCGGCGCCGAAAGAACGAGUUCUUUCCACGACGACCAGUCGCAGCGAGACUCCUAAUACCAUGGCAGGAGCACCGGCCGGCCUGAGUCAAGGAACCGUUGACUAUGUCUACCUGAAGAACGUUCUGUUGCAGUUUCUCGAGCAGAAGGACAAAGGGCACCAGAGGCAGUUGAUCCCAGUGCUGAGCAUGUUGUUACAUUUUGAUCGCAAAGACGAACAGAAAUGGAUGGCGGCGAUCUCGACACGGUGACGACUUGAGUUCUUGGAUCUCUACGACCACGGGCAUUCGAAGACACGAAGGCUAUGUAAUAACGGAAAACAAUCUCGAGUUCUAUGGGUUCCUGGGGAAGGAGCGUGCAAUGUCCAAAUCGAUUUUCCGGACCAUUGUUCACCAUACAGGCGGAGUUUCGGGCGUCGAUGGCGGUUGAAAGAGAGGGGUCUAGUAUCCCGUUGUAUACAAGUAAUGUGAAGACAAUGGAACAUUCUCAACAAGCGGCUUUUACGGACGGAAUCUCUUGGAUUACUCCGAGAGUCUUGGAAAGGGAAGGCCAGAGUCAAAGAUAUGGGAUUGUCAACACUUGGCUGUGGGUGGCACUGGCUAGGCUCAGGUGAAUCCGUGUAUUGCUGGCCAGAGAAUGAUCUUGCUACGAGGCUUUUCUCCAGAGUCAGGGAGAUUAGUUCUUCCCACUUCUUCUCGACCUUGGCCUCAUUUACUCUCUUCCACACCAACUCACUCUCCGUUUGGAUACAUGUCCCGCCCCCUCUCUCACACUGCC